CUAUGUUUUCAUUGGAAUACACUCUCAAACUCGCCGCUGUUUCUUCUAAAUGAACGGCUUCAAAGCAAAUGCAAAGGUCUAUCCAAAAACAGCGCGGGGCACUAGUCAUGACGUCAUCGACCAAGCGGGUCCUUUACCAAAGAAGAAGCCGAAACCGGAAGUGAUUGUUGUCAAUGACAACUGUGACAGAGAGGCGGGAUCUCAAUUCCACGUGCAACUUCCGGAUCUGGACGACAGGGAUCCUCGGGGUUUAAACGAUCAUGUGAAGAUCAAUUUCGAAGACGUUCUUGCAGAACCGAGGGGCGUGCGUUCGUUCAGUAGCAUUUGGGGACUUUCAAACUCCUGCUACACACUAUGGAACCGCUGUUGUUACCUCAUGGCCUCGCUGAUUUGUGCAGUGCCCUUGGCCACCUUGUACGGCCUGCAAUUCGCUCUGACUAUGAGCGUCCACAUAUGGUUGUGCACUCCGAUCCAGACCAUUCAGGAGCUUUUAUGUGUUCAUUGUUUCGGAAAAUGUGUUCGUUUAUGCGUGGGAUGCAUUGUCACACCUUGCACGGAAAGUUUCGGUCAAAUAUUUCAUGCAUUCGGCUAUUCAUAUUUGAACUCAAAAUCAUCAAAAAACAACAAAAAGCAACGCCCUAGAGUAACCUUCCACACAAAAGUGCAAUAUAGAACGAUUCCUAAACGUGAGGAACCAACCAUGAAGGAGGUUCUUGGUCAGCGAAAGUUGGUAAUGUCUAGGAUGAGAAUGCCCGCAAUGGUAAUACAGGUGCCACAGCCGGAUAGGGAAAGGGAACCGGAGUCAAAGGAUGUAUGUUAUGUCGAAGAGAUUAAUGAUUAAUGAUCAGUCAUCAUUAUCGUCAUCAUCAUCAUCAUCAUCAUCAUCAUCAUGUUAAUACGAUCAUUAAUCCCCAUCAUGUAUUAUUAUCGCCAUCACCAUAAUCAUCCUUGUCAGCAGCAGCAACAACAUUAUAAACUGUUAUCAUUAUAACGAAUGAAAGCAUCAGCCAUCAUCACUGUCAUCAUCACCACUAUUAGCAGCAGUAG